AUGGACCAAGAUAAUCAGAGACAAUGUCCGACUCAAGAAGAAAACCCAGAUGUUGGAGCAGAAGCUUCAACGACAAAAACAACAACAACUCCAGCUCCGGCAUUAAAUCCUGCGGCUCCACCCUCAGAUCUGCCUACCGGCCAGCCCCCGGCCCCAGCCCCGGCCCCUGCCGCUGCCGCUGCCCGCCCUCGGCGACCCCAGAGAAGUGCCAGAGUGGAGGGCUCUGUUGACAUCGCCGAGCCUAAAGUUGAGCCCAAAGCUGAGCCGGCUCCCGAGACUCAACAGGACGAGAGCAUCCCUGACGGCGCUGUGUCAAGUCGCCAGAAGCCCUCCCGCUCUGCAGCAGGCAAACCCAUAGGAGAGCGCAAAACUGGCCCCAAAGGCCCAGGGCACCACCCAGUCAGGGCUGUCUCUGUGCCCCACCCACCUGUGAGCAAGCCUGUGCCUCCUCACAUGAACCCUCAUGCACAGAGAGCCUUCUCUGUCGCAGGUACAGCUGACACUCAGGCCCAGACUCUGGAAGACUUCAGGGUGCACAUCAUCACUUGGAACGUGGGCUCGGCCACUCCACCUGAUGACAUCACCGCCUUGCUGGGGCUGAACGUGGGCGAUGGAAACACAGACAUGUACAUUAUCGGGCUGCAGGAAGUGAACUCUAUGAUUAACAAAAGGCUGAAAGAUGUCCUCUUCACAGACCAGUGGAGCGAGGUCUGCAUGGAGAGACUCAGCCCCUUUGGUUAUGUGCUGGUGACCUCCCAGCGGAUGCAGGGAUUGCUACUGCUGGUUUUCGCCAAGUAUUUCCAUCUGCCGUUCCUCCGCGGCGUCCAGACCGAGACCACCCGCACUGGCCUGGGGGGAUACUGGGGGAAUAAAGGUGGAGUAAGCGCCCGCAUGUCAGUGUUCGGUCACACAGUCUGCUUCCUGAACUGCCACCUACCGGCUCACAUGGAAAACUCUGAGCAGCGCAUGGAGGACUUCGAGAGCAUCCUGCAGCAGCAGCAGUUUGAGGGCCAGGCGGCCACCGGGGUUCUCGACCACGAUGUGGUGUUCUGGUUGGGAGAUCUCAAUUUCCGAAUUGAUGACCUGGAUAUGCAAGUGGUGAAAUCAGCCAUUGACAACAACAAGUAUUCCAUGCUGUUGGAAAAGGAUCAGCUGAACAUGGCCAAAGACAGUGAGCCGGUGCUGGAGGGAUUCCAGGAGGGGCCGCUGAAAUUCCCUCCCACCUACAAGUUCGAUGUUGGAACAAACACAUACGACACAAGUGGAAAGAAACGCAAGCCGGCUUGGACCGAUCGGAUUCUGUGGCGUCUGAGAGCCCCCGCGCCUGCCGUUGCUGCACCUGGCGAGGGGAAGCGCACCUCCAUUUCAGGGCUGACCAACGGUGCCAAAGUGACGCAACACUGCUACCGAAGUCACAUGGAAUUCACCGUCAGCGACCACAAACCAGUCUGUUCGAUUUUUACUGUGCAGUUCCCUUACAAGGUGGAUGUUCCCCUGGUCACGCUCUCUGUGGAGGAUGAGUGGAAUUGCAUUGCUGAUGCAAUAGUCAAAUUCAAGCUGACGGCAAAUUUCGCACGCAGCUCCUGGGACUGGAUCGGACUGUACAAGGUGGGUUUCAAACACCACAAGGACUAUGUGGGAUACGUGUGGGCCAAGCAAGAGGAGGCUGAUUUUCAACGACAGGAACAACAGGUAACCUUUACCGAGGAGGAACUGCCCAAAGGCUCAGGGGAUUUUAUCAUAGGUUACUAUAGCAACAACAUGAGCACCAUUGUGGGUGUGACAGAACCAUUUCAGAUCCAGCUUCCCACUUCAGGGCUUGACGCCAGCUCUUCAGACAGCUCUGACUUAAGCUCAGAAGACGACAGCACUGUCCUCCACAUGAAGACAAGGUCCCGCAGUCCCAGUCCACGCAAGGGCAAACACCGCCGGCAUCGCAGCGGCACCCACAGCGGCACCCACAGCCGCAGCCGCUCAGGCAGUCCUGCCCAGGUCAAAGUGAAAGAGCGGCACCACAAGGAUGCUCCUAAAUCCGACACCAAAGCUGACAGUGAGUCUGCAGGGCGUCCAGCAGAGGGCAGCAGCAUCCCUGCGUCCGAACCUGCUGAGAAAGACCAAAACCCAGUGGAUUCAGGAGUGUGA